AUGCUGGGUCUUAGCCACCUAGAUAAGGCAGGUGACCAAUCAACGUACGGCCAUGCUCCGGAUGGUUCAGGGGGCUCCGAUAAAUUUCUUGCUUUCACUAUUUUUGGCCAAAAUUUCCCAGAAGCCCCAUAUAUGAAAACUGGAUUGCUGCUUGAUGUUGUAGAAGGCCGUGAUGAAGAAUCUGAUUUUACUGCUCUGCGCCAAAUUUUUUCUUCUAGGCUUGUUGAUUACUUUUUAAAGCAUCCUGAGGCUUGUGAUAUUCCACAGGCUAUAUUGCCAGGUCCAUUCAACAAAUGUAACGAGGCUGGUGACCUUUCAGAGUCAACUCUAAGGAGAGCAAUGCCUAGCUCUGAUGACAAGCAGCAGGCCACUGCUGGUCAAAAGCAGACAUUAUCUUGUAAGCCUGCUAAAAGGGUGUUAGAUUUCUCAUACUUGGAAGGAUCAACUUUAGCAUGCCAGCAUGUGGAGCGAAGCCUUGGUAGCUCAUCCAUAGAUCAGAAAACCUGCCAUUCUGGUACAACACGCCUGCAGAUGUCUAUUCACUUGCCUGACAUAGUUUCUUUGAUUCACAACAUCUUCCAGUCUGUUAACUUCUCUCCAAUCACAAAGGAGGAACUUGUGCACAAGAUAAUUCUGGGGGAGGUUGAAGAACAGAUUGGGAUUCUUGAAAAGCGAGUUCCAGAUUGGAUUUGCUGGAUACCAGCACCUAGUCGCGAUGAUCAAGAAAAUGUCAGACUUAGACACAGUUCAGGCAAUGGUUAUAGCUUAGGACAAUGUAUAAAGACUAUUCAAUACUCAUUGCUGGAUACUGGUGCUGAUCUUGGGCCUCUUGAUCAUGGUCAAGCUAUUCAUGGUUGUAUCAGCAAAGUUAAUCUAGAAGAGGAUCUUACUGUGAGCAAUGCUCUAAUGGAUUAUUACUCAAAGGGUGCAUGUCUUGAGUCUGCUAAGAAGAUUCUCAACGGAUUGGUGAAAAAAGAUGUGUUUUCUUGGACUACUGUCAUAUUAGGACAUGCAUCUCAUGGGAAAGGAAACUGUGCUCUUGAGAUGUUCUAUGACAUGUUAGAAUCUAGAGUCAUUCUGAACGAUGUUACACUUUCGUUGGUUCUAUCAGGAACUUGGACUUGGCUGAAAAUUGAAAUUGCUGGAAAGAAGACAAUUGAAUUAGAACCUUGUGGUGAUGGAGUAUGUGUGCUUCUGCGGAACAAAUACAAUGCAGCAAAUAGGAUUGAAGAUGAACAGAAGAUGAGGAAAAUGAUGGCUGAUUGA